UAAUGUUUAUUGUUAAGUUACUGUUGGAUAUUUUAUUACUAAAAUGAUCGGAAGAGUUCUAGGAUGGUUUGGCCUAGUCUCCAUUAUAAUUAUCGCUCUGCUAGGUUUCGGAUUGUAUCUUACAUUGUUAACAUUUUUCGUUUCAUUUUUAAUUGGGGUAUUAACUAUCUUUUACUUGAACUAUGACCAUAAGAAAGUGUUUUCUGCUGAUAUUGAUUGUUUGGAUGACCCAUUGCAACAGACAAACUUUUCAAUACAAUCUGCUAAGGUUUUAGAAUUGUUUGAGAAUGAAAAACCCUCCCCUAAAUUUGACAGUAGAAUCACAGGCAGUGAAACGGUGGACUCAUUUAUAAGCGAAAUAAUCUCCAUUAUAAUCAAUGACUAUGUUACCACUUGGUAUGAAGUUGUGACAGAUGAUCAGGAAUUCACCUCACAUUCUAUAAAAAAGCUGGUGGUUGCAGCAGGGGCUAAUAUAGCAAAUAGAGUGAAAUGUGUAGAUUGGGUCCAUCUACUCUCUACAAGAUUUCCUGAGGAGUUGACAGUACAUUUGAAACUGUUUAAGCAGUCGAGAGUUAGAUUAAAACACUUGCAGUUAUUAAGUGCCAAAGAGGUAAAUGGGACCUCAAAACCAAGCCCAAAGAAACAAGACGAAAAGAAGACUCAUCGACGAAAUAAAAGCGAAACUGAUUUGACAUGGCCUCCAGAUUCACAGACAUUUGGCAAAUCUAAAUUCUAUAGUAGCUCAGAGAAUAUAGGUAGUAAUAAUUUAAUGGACCUAUUUUUCGACUUGGAAUGUUCAAUGGAGAAUAAACAGAUUUGUCGUGAUACAUUUUGCACUGACUCAGAAAAAGAAUUUGCUUUACUCUGUGAGGUAUCAGAAGCAGUUUUGUAUCUAGUCGCGCCGGAAGAGGCCUGGAAAUGUCACGCAAUGAAGUUACUUUUAAUAGAUUUGCUGUCUGCAAUUGUUUUGAAACCUUUGAUCAAUUUGUUGAGUGACCCUGACAAUAUCAAUCGGGCUAUUAUUAGAUCUUGUUGUAGAGAUUCCUGCCUGUCUUCCGAACUGUUUCUACUGGUCAUUAGAUCUUGUGGUGAUGCUGAGGAAUUGGAUGCGACAUUAGAACUUGUUCAGAAGGAUAUACAGAAACUACAUUCAAGAGACAGUGCAGGCGAAUGGGAAUUACAAGAUCGCCAGAAAUUAUCUUCCUUGCAAUAUUUAUGUAGAAUAAUUCAAGCAAGGUUAGCCACGUUGGGACCCCAAGAAGGCGCAUCUAAUAGCAGCAAUACGGAUAAAGUAUCUGAAGAAGUAUUGAGGACGUUAAAAUUCCUAAGAGCUAUCGCUGCUUGGAAAUCGAACGCCCAGUAUCUACUAGAGAUUGAAUUGAAUGAAGCAGACGCACCACAGACAUCAAAAGCUGUAAUCGACAACCUCAGAUCGUCAGCGUUAGAACUUUGCGAUACAUAUCUAUCACCAAGCCGGGCAGCUAUAUUGGGUACACCUGAAAAUUGUCACGCGGAAUUAGUGCGUAAGAUAACCACUGAGGGCGAAGAAUUCACAAACAAUCCCGUUACGUGCUUUGACGACAUGCAAAAGUGCGUGAGCGACGCUUUAGAGGAUGAUCCAUCAUGGCAAGCUGACUUUAUGAUGGAUAAUGAGCAAGGCGAAUCGAAUGGAGUAAAUAGUGACUACGUUAGAGAAACUAAACCGGAAAUUCCGAAAUAUGCUGAAAAAUGCAGACGAAUAAUGAAAACCUGUUUCAACCAAUUGCCAAAGCUGUUUAACAAAACGAAGUACAAAGGCAACAUCUGUAACAAGUCCUCUACCUUUCCCCGUUCCUUAACCCGAAGAGUUCCAAGUAACAAGAAUCACACGAUACCUAAAUGCACCUGCGAUAUGGUCUUACCAGUUAUUGGAGCCAGGCAUAAUCGUUCGAGAUCAGAUAUUGUUGGCAGCUUCGCGCAAAAAAUGGUCAAUGACAAUGCUGGUCCAUCGAAUUUAAAAUCUGCAAAUACGAGCAGUUUAUCUUUAUCACAUUCAGCGAUAAGUCAGAGCGCAAAAAAUAUGAUGUCGCCGUUAUCAGCGUAUAUUAUUGAAACAGCACUAGUUCAGGAUAAAGGUAGAACUUUUGGAAUAUACGCUAUCGCAGUGACCAGAGCUUCAGAUAACGAAGUUUGGCACAUAUACAGGCGAUAUAGCGACUUUUACGAUCUGCAUGCGGCAAUCAAAGACAAGUGGCCAGAACUUGGCCACCUUCCGUUCCCAGCCAAGAAGACAUUUCAAAACACGUCGAGAAGUGUACUGGAGAGUCGAAAACGUAUGCUCAACAACUAUUUGCAAAGUUUAACUAGUAUAUCAAGAGACGCAAGGUAUAUGACAUUACUAUCGAUGGAAUACUUGGGAGGAUUCCUCAGUCCGGAAAUUCAGACUGAAAGACACGGUAAUUCGAUUGAUGCACUUCUGGUGAAUUCUAUAAAGGCGGGUAUGAGAACAUUGAAAAGCAUGCCUGAUCAAUUCGCUAAUACAGUGGAUGGAGUUAUGGAUGGAAUUUCAAAGGUAUUUCAAGGAAAAAGUGGCGACAGUUAUGAUAACUUCAAGGUUGGGAGCUCUUCUGAUAUUCAAGAUGAUGGAGAUGAAAGCGUGCCAUUACGCUUAUUGGAAGAGGUGUUGGGAAUCCGAGGGUUGUGGCUGAGGAGACGACUUCUUGCACCGCUCAGGACCAUGAUAGCUGACCGUGUUAAUAAAAAAGUAUUAGAAUUCGUUUCGUCGUUGACGUCACCAAGGAACAUGGUCCAAUAUUUAAAAACCUUUAAACAAUGGUUGACUAAUCGAAACAACCCCGCCGUGUCAGCGCGAGAUGCGGCUACAAAAGCUAGGACCAGGGUUGCCGCUAAAGUAGCGCUAUUGUCGGCAGCAUCAGAUGACCUCAGGCACAUAGUGGGAACUGACGCGGCACGUAGAGGCCUUCUAACAGUAUUCGAUCUAUUCCAAACGCAAGAGAUUAACAGGAGAUUGCUGUUUGUGUUACUUGAAGUGACCUUGUGCAACCUAUUCCCUGACAACCAAAUUCAGGACAUGUUCAAGAAGCUGUAUUCAAAAUCACCACGAGUACCCGUUGCGAAGAAAUCGGUUAAUGUAUAAAUAUAGUCGAAGCUAUAACUUUAUAAGUUAAACAAAGUCAAUUGUACCGAUUCUUAAUUAAUUGUUAAAAUACAAUAACUCUGGUCAAAUACCUAUUUGACCAAAGUUAUUGUUUUGCAGUGUUUCUUAACCUGAGAUGUGUCUCUGUGACGUAAUUUUUUUUCUAGCUUAAACCAAUUCUGUAAUUCGAAAUCAAAAUGUAGCUCUUUCGAUUCCGACGCAGUUAAUCGCUCUGGUGCAAUAAUUCUCAUAGCAGCUUAUUUAUAGUCUAUAUCACAUAGGAGAUAUUUAAUAAUAUUAUAAUUAAAGUAACUUGUCAAAAAUUUAUUUUAAUUGUUGAAGCAACUAGUGUUACUAAAGCUAAGUUCGUCGUAUUUAUUUGACAGCUGAAAACGUAUAGUUUAAUUUGUUACACAGCUAAAUUUAAUGGAAUUUGUAGUUCAUACAAGCUUAAUGAUUUAAAUCGUUAACUAAG